CGGUCGCGUGAUACGCGUCUCGCGUGCCCUCGUCCCGCGCGCUAAUCGUCCGUUACGCGCGACUGACAGUUGACUUGACAGUUGACCGGCUGAUCGGCCCGCCAGGCCGAGGACCCGCGAGCCCGGAGGCGCAGCUGUUUCGCGCCAACGAUUUAUCUCCUCCUCCUCCUGUCCGCGGUCGAUAUCCCGCUUCGAUUUGCCGCGCCGAUCGACGAAAUCGAGAGUCGCUUGCUUGCUUCGCUUUCGAAGCGAGAGGAGUCACGCGAAGGAUCGCGUGCACGGGAGGAUCGUCUUCUGUCACGACGAUCGUAAUAGUUGCGCUGCGAUUUAAAUACGUCGCGGCCUGAAAAACUCCGGAGUUGAUCGUCGAAGUGAUAAAUCCUGGUGCUCGAUGACACAGGACGUGGCGAAGAAAUAAUGCGACGACAGCCACAAUGAAUGUUCCGAUCGUGGCAGGGGACAUCGUCGACGAUGGCGGCUUCAACCGGCCGCGAUUCGUUCGGGGUUCGGAUCCGAGGGUAGCGACCUGUAGAGGAAAACUGCAAAACAAGCGGAGUAAGCUCAACCAAGAGAUUAACAAGGAGUUGCGGCUACGAGCAGGUGCCGAGAAUCUUUUCAAAGCAACUACAAACAGAAAACUGAAGGAGACCGUCGCCUUGGAACUAAGCUUUGUUAAUUCAAAUCUGCAGCUGUUGAAGGAACAACUCGCUGAAUUAAACAGCUCGGUGGAGUUGUAUCAAAAUGUCGAUGGCGUUGAGCCUAUUAUGCCGAUGAUACCAUUGGGACUGAAAGAAACCAAAGAUAUCGACUUUCAGGAUCCGUUCAAGGAUUUUAUCUUGGAGCAUUAUAGCGAAGAUGGCGAAAACUACGAAGAAGCCAUAGCAGAUCUGAUGGAAACUAGACAGGCUACAAGGACACCGACCAGAGACUCGGCAGGCAUCGCGUUACUCCUGCGUUAUUACAAUCAGCUGUAUUUCAUAGAGAGGCGAUUCUUUCCACCCGAUAGGAGCCUCGGCAUCUAUUUCGAAUGGUUCGAUUCGUUAACAGGAGUUCCGAGUUGCCAGAGAACCGUCGCCUUUGAAAAGGCUUCGAUUCUCUUUAAUGCUGGUGCACUUUAUACACAAUUGGCCGCUAAGCAGGAUCGCUUGACAGCUCGAGGACUUGAUCAGGCGGUCGAUGCUUUCCUGCGAGCGGCCGGCACUUUUCGCUACAUCCACGAAAACUUCACGAAUGCACCAAGCAUGGAUUUGGGUCCAGAUAUGUUGGAGAUGCUCGUGCAACUGAUGCUGGCUCAGGCAAGAGAGUGUCUUUUCGAAAAGUUGGAACUUCAAUCGAGAGACGGUAGAAACAUUGAUGUUUGCUUGGAUCUUGCUCAAGAGGCUGCCCAGGUUGCGGCAAUAUACAAUGAUGUCCACGGAUUGAUAUCGCGCCAACCGGUUCGUGACUACGUCCCCGAGACAUGGAUUUCACUGAUACUGGUGAAGCGCGAGCAUCAUCUCGCUCUUGCUCACAAGCAUCUCGCGGUCGGUCUGCUGGACAGACCGAUCGUUGAGUUUCGUGUAGAAACAAGAUGCACAUUGGAGCAUAUUCAGAAGAGCGAUGGCAAGACUCAAUUAGACAUAAUCGUUCCCAGAGAUGACAAUGAAAGGAAAAUAUUGGGCAAAGCUCAUCUCAGAGAAGCUCUCGUUUUACACGAUGAGAGCCAACGAUUGCAGAGAAUGUGCCGCGAUUUGAAAGGUAAACAAGCGUUGGCGAGGGUUUUGAAGAAAGCACAAGAAGCGACACUUGACAGCUAUAACAAAUUCGGCAACGAAGAUGAUUUUCGAGAACUGUUGGAUCCGCCAGAUAUAAUUGCUUCCACGAAGUUUCAACUUAGCAUUACCCAUCCGGAUUUCGGGCAGCACGGAGUAGAUGAUCUUUUCAGAUCGUUGGGACCCGUGGCAAUAUUUUCGGCCAAACGACACUGGACCGCGCCGCGAUUGGUGCAGCUUCAAAGAGGCCCUGAUGGCGAAGGUUUUGGAUUUAGCGUACGCGGCGACGCUCCGGUGAUAAUAGCUGCCGUCGAUCAUAAUUCACUGGCUGAUGUAGGCGGAAUGAAGGAGGGUGAUUUUAUAGUCGGCAUUGGCGACAAAGACGUCAAAUGGGCAUCUCACGAGCAAGUUGUACGGAUGAUAAAACAAUGCGGUGACUUUAUAAAUUUGAAGUUGGUCACGCCAAUGGACAGAAAUUAUUUAAAGAAACCAGGGAAACCCAACAGUCACCACGAUAAGGGCAGCGUUUCGGCGAGUAGCUCUUCUGGAGUGUCUUCCGGCCAGCCAAGCCCGGCGGGAUCUGUCACUACGGCGCACGUAGUUAGGAGGCUUCCAUGGAAUCCGUUCAAAAAAUCCGGCGCCCAACGCGAGAACAGAGAUCUAACUUUCGACAAUGUUAUUCUCAGAUGAUUACCGGGCUAAAAAUGUAUCUAGACGUUGUCUGGAUUUAAAGUAGAUCGCAACAAAGAGAUGAUCGGUUCAUAUACGAAAUAAGAUUUGCGAUUAUCGAUAGAAUAGAUUAUCGAUUACGAAAAUUGAAUAUUAUUCGGCAUGAAUAAUAAUCGAGACCCAAUUUUACAUGAUUAUGAUAUUGUUAUUAUCGUGAUUUAUGUAUUAUAUGCGACAAAUUUAUAUUUGUCACAUAGACGAUAUGAAUGACACGACCUUGUCAAUUCGUUACACGAAUAAUGAUUUAUAUUUAUGCCGAAAAAUAUUCGAUAUUAACAAUUUUUU